AUGCGUAUCUUCACCCCUGCUUUCGCACUUGCGGUCCUCUGCCUCCUUGACUCUGCCACUGCAGGUCCCGUGGGAUACGGCGUCUGUCAAGCAGGAUGCGCGGCAGUAGUCACGGCAUGCUACGGAGCAGCCGGUUUUACUUGGGGUGCGACUCUAGGAGCCACGGCUCCGGCCUCGAUCAUCGCUUGCAAUGCGGCAUUUGGAACAUGUCAGGCUGCUUGUGCGGCCGUCUUGUUGACACCGACACCUUGA